UACUGUAGAUGUAGUAAAUUUACAAAAGGCAGAUAAAGGUUAGCCAUUUCAUAUAAUAUUGAUACCACCACGACAUGUUUGACAUACUACGAGUUAUAAGGAGAUAAACGAGAGGUCAUGUUCCUACUUAUUGUAUAUCUUGUUUUUACAACUGGUGUUUUUGGAUUUCCAUGGUUUAGAAAUGAUAUUCCAAAUGGAUACAAAGUACCAGACCCUUGUACUGGAAAGCCUGGUCAAAUAUGGGAGGGAGUAGGACACGAUCAGGAACCAGGAGGAGGACCAAGAAAUCCAUUUGGACUGGAUUUUAAAACCGUAGGCUUUAAAUGGACGAAAGAACUCUGUCAAAAAGAUUCAGACAAAGAUGGACGUACAAAUGGUGAGGAACUUGGCGACCCGGGUUGCACGUGGACAAAAGGUGGAACUCCUAGUGCCGCUGCCUCUGGACAUCCAGGUAUUUGUGAACCAAUGAGUAACUCCAGUUGUGUAACAGUAAAUAAAGAUAUAAAAUGUCUAUCUAACACAGGAUAAUGAUGCUUGUUUGGUCAGUGUGUGUGGCAUUCUCUUCGAAGUUGAAAAUCUAGAGCAUUAGUCACUUAUCAGCUAUUGAAUGUGCACAAUAUGAAAUAAAAAUGUUAUUAAAC